AUGGAUCUUCUAAAUAUUCGAUCCACGGUGCGGUGGUCACGAAAAUCAAAACUAGACAGUCUCGUGCGCCCAGACAGCAUUCAAGAGAGCAUUCAAGACAGCAUUCAAGACAGCAUUCAAGACAACAUUCAAGACAGCAUUCAAGAGAGCAUUCAAGACAACAUUCAAGAGAGCAUUCAAGAGAGCAUUCAAGACAACAUUCAAGAGAGCAUUCAAGAGAGCAUUCAAGAGAGCAUUCAAGACAACAUUCAAGAGAGCAUUCAAAACAGCAUUCAAGAGAGCAUUCAAGACAGCAUUCAAGACAACAUUCAAGAGAGCAUUCAAGACAGCAUUGAAGACAGCAUUGAAGACAGCAUUCAAGAGAGCAUUCAAGAGAGCAUUCAAGACAGCAUUGAAGACAGCAUUCAAGACAGCAUUCAAGAGAGCAUUCAAGAGAGCAUUCAAGAGAGCAUUCGAGACAGCAUUCAAGAGAGCAUUCAAGACAGCAUUCAAGAGAGCAUUCAAGACAGCAUUCAAGAGAGCAUUCAAGACAGCAUUCAAGACAGCAUUCAAGACA